AUGUUCAAAAAACUGUGUGGUGAGAGUGCCUUUGGCCAUGUCGUACUAUGCACAUCUAUGUGGAACAACUUGGGAACGGUACUCCCUGAGAUAGGAAAUGAGAGGGAACAGGAACUCAUCGCUACAUCCUCGUUUUGGGGAGCGAUGCAUGCAGGGGGCAGUCAAGUGGCCAGAUGGCAGGGCACCAAAGAAUCCGCUGAGGCUGUGGUUGAUCAAAUCAUCAAAAUACACAACGAAAGUGGCAAGGCCAUGCUGAAGAUUCAAGAAGAGCUUGUGGAUGGAGGCAUGUCGCUUGAUGAGACAGGAGCUGGUCGUGAAGUUCAGAGAGAGAUAUUGGAAGCAAAGGCGGAGCUAAAGGAAAGAAUCACGCAGCUCCAAAAGGCACAAGAGGAAAUGAUACAACAGUCUAACGAAACGCUGGCCAGGGAAUUAGCGUCUCAGCGGAAAGUGUUUGAAGACCGUCUAGCUGAAACGACCGAAGCACAGGAAACACUCAAGAUUUCGUUGGAAACUCUCAUGGAGCAGAAGGAAGCCGAAUACGAAAAACUGCUCGCAGGUGCCGUGUCUGAGCAAAAACAGUUGGCAGCGGCACUUCAAGAGAAAGCAGCUGAAUUUGAACGAGUACGUCUUGAGCAACUGGAAGAUGAAGAGAGUUUCCAAGAAGCCAAAGCAGAAUUUGCAUCCGAGGUCGAGAGUCUGAAGCAAAAGAUCAAAGACCAAGAGAAUAAGAUGGAGCAGCAAAAGUUGGAAGCAGAGCUGAAAGCAGCUGAAGACCUCAAGGCGGAGCUUGAGAAACGACGCAUCGAGGAAGAAAAAGCAGCUAUGGUGAACACACAAAAAAUCGACCAGGACCUGAAGAAGAAAGAGCGAAGAAAACAAAGGAUGAGAGAUGGUAUGGCAAUACUGGGAACGGUUGCUGGGGUUGCUUCUGCGAUAGCUGGUGUAGCGACUAUGAAUCCGGCGUUGAUCGGUAUGGGGGCGUCGAUGGCUGCAGGAUCCAUGUCAAGUUGA